GCUCUGGGCCGCUGGAGAGGAGCAGACACUGGAGAGGCGCUAUGGCGGGAACCAGCCUCGGGGCCCGCUUCUACCGGCAGAUCAAGAGACAUCCCGCGCUCAUUCCGAUGAUCGGCUUCAUCGGCCUGGGCAUGGGCAGCGCUGCGCUCUACUUGCUGCGACUCGCCCUGCGCAGCCCCGACGUCUGCUGGGACCGAAAGAACAACCCGGAGCCCUGGAACCGCCUGAGCCCCAACGACCAAUACAAGUUCCUUGCAGUUUCCACUGACUACAAGAAGCUGAAGAAAGACAGGCCAGACUUCUAAGCCAGGCUGCAGCGCCAGCCGACGGGAACCACCAGCAACCAGCCUCCUCACUCCUUCCACUCUCCACCCUCCACCCCGAGGCGCCCCGCUAGCCACCCCGUCCAGCUUCUGCUUACUCGGCCGGGUUCCCACGAGGAGGGGAGGCAGCCCCACCCCUCCCUCGCUCCCAGCAGCGGAAGCGCCUCUGACCCUCAGCCUCAGUCCCACGAGGGGGAGGCGCAGUCACAGGGCAGGGAGUAGCCUAACCCCAAAGGCCCAGCCAGCCCCUCUGCCCCGUUACCCUGGCUUCGGAGGGCGGGGUGCACGCUACGUGUUGAGCGUGGCCUACGUGAGAGACAAGACCAGCAGGGGCCUGAGUGCCAAAUGACGUGGCGGGCCCCACGUUAGCCCGGGCUACAGGCUCCCUGGCGCCAGCCUGGGGGCGGUGCUACUCUGGCUCGCUGGGCUCGCCCGGGCUCGGCGCUGACAGUCCAGCCAGCGUGGGGUGAGGCACCUGCGCCCAGCUCCUCCAGGGCCUGCACUGCUUCCCGCUUCCCGCACCAACGGGCACCCCCUCCCGCCUCACACCUGGGCCUCCCCAACCCCUCCCCGACUUCCCUCGGUCCCCAGGGAUCAAACAGAAGCAGCCGUGGGCAAAAUACAAUUUCAUUUAACAAAUUGAAUUUGCUGCGCCUGCUAAUCACGUCUGGUGUCGCCUCUGAUCAGAAGGAGAGGGGGAGGCAGCCUUGGGGGUCCUUGUGGUGGUGUUGGGAAGGA